AUGGACACUUCUCAUUGCCUCAGGCCGCGGCUGCAGCUGCUCGCCCGGGCGCUUGCCCGUCCGUCUGCCAGGCUACGCGGCGGCGGCAGGCUUUCCAAGACGACUGUCCGGCCCAAGUCCGGGCCCUACGGCUACACGCAAGCCAAGGCGCUCGUCUACUCGAAAUGCGGCGAGCCGUCCGAGGCGCUGAGCCUCCAUACGCACUCCAUCUCUCCCUCGAUACCCUCGUCCUCGGUCCUCGUCCGCACCCUCGCUGCCCCCAUCAACCCGGCAGACAUCAACACCAUACAGGGUACCUACGGCGCCAAGCAGCCCUUUACCUCCCUCAUCGGCACCUCUGAACCCUCGGCCGUGCCCGGGAACGAGGGCGUCUUCGAGGUCGUCUCAGUCGGCAGUCCGUCCUCGGGGCUUCGCAGGGGCGACUGGGUUAUCCCCGCCGCCUCACAGGUCGGCACCUGGAGAACACACGCCGUUUUCGGCGCCGACGAGCUGCUCAAGAUCAACAAGGAGGCCCUGACGCCCACGCAGGUCGCCCUCAUCAGCGUCAACCCGUGCACGGCCUAUCGCAUCCUAAGGUCCUACGGCCCGAGCGCCGGUGUCAAGGCUGGGCUUGGCAUGCGGCCGCUCGACGUCGGCACCGGCAAGUGGUUCAUCCAAAAUGGGGCAAAUUCGGGUGUCGGGCGCGCAGCCAUUCAGUUCGGCAAGCUAUGGGGCCUGAGGAGCAUCAACGUCAUCCGCGACCGGGACACAGCCGAGGCCACGAGCGCGCUCAAGCAAGAGCUCGUCCGUCUAGGCGCCGACGUGGUGGUGACGGAAUCCCAGUUCAUGUCCCGCGAGUGGAAAGACCAGCUCUCCGAAAUCACCCGCGGGGGCCGCGAGCACCUCGGCCUCGGGCUCAACUGCGUUGGCGGCAAGUCGGCCACGUCGCUGGCCCGCUCCCUCGGCGACGGCGCCACCAUGGUGUCGUACGGCGGCAUGGCCAAACAGCCUGUUGCGCUACCCGUGGGGCUCCUCAUCUUCAAGGACAUCCGCUUCGUCGGCUUCUGGCUGUCGCGUUGGAACCAGCAGGACCCGACGGGGCGCAAGCACAUGAUUGAGGACAUCCUCGCCCUCAUCCGCGCGGGCCAAUUCCGCGACGUGCCCGUAGACGAGGUCCGCUGGGACUGGGACACUGACGAGGCCACUCUGCGGAACGCCGCGCAAAACGGCCUGCAGGGGUUCAGGAAAGGCAAGGGGGUAUUUGUCUUUGGAGACACAUGA